AUGAAAUUUCAAAUAGAUGAUUUAAAACAACUUUUACAUUCUAUUCAAAAUAAACAAAUACAAGAAAUAAAUGUAAAAAGUCAAGAGUUUGAACUAACUAUUAAUAAAUCAGACAUAAUAAAUAAACAAAUAAUUGGACUAAGAAAUAAAAAUACUAAUGUGAAAAAAAGUACAAAUAAUCAAAUUAGUUCUAUUCCAGACAAUGAGCUUUCUAAUCGUAAAUUAGAAAUAUAUUCAACAAUAGUAUCUCCUAUGGUAGGUACAUUUUAUAGAUCACCUGCUCCAGGCGAACCAUCAUUUAUAGAUUUAUACGAUAUUGUACAACAAAAACAAACAGUAUGUAUAAUUGAAGCGAUGAAACUAAUGAAUGAGAUCGAAGCAGAAGUAAAUGGCGAAAUAGUUGAAAUACUAGUUCAAGAUGGUGAUAUUGUUGAUUGUGGACAAGCAUUAAUGAAAGUUAAGCCUAUUCUAGAAUAA